GUCAGCCACACCAAAUCCACUGGAGCACCACACCUAGAACGCACACAUCACAAUCGCCAUACCCUAACCUGACGCACACCAAAUGCCACCACACAACAAUCCAGCAUCACACCAUCGUCCCACAUCACUUUCACCACACCGCCGUCACCUCACAACAAUCACUACAUCAUCACAUCACACCAUCCACACAUCAGCGUCACUCACCAUCAGUACCUCACCAUCACAACACACCAUCACCUCAACAUCAGUACAAUUCACCAUCACAACACUACAUCACCCCAUCAUCAUUACCACAUCAUAACCUACACCAUCACAGCACCAUCAUCACCACACCAGCGUCACCUCAGCAUCCUAACUGCUCACCAUCACAACACCAUCACGACACCACCAUCACCCCACCAUCCAUUACUUCCCCAUCACAACCCCAUCACCAACACCACGCAUCACCACAACCAGCUUACUUCACCAUCACAACCCCUCACCACACCACCAUCACCCCACCAUCAUUACUUCACCAUCACAACACCAUCACGACACCACCAUCACCCCACCAUCAUUACUUCACCAUCACAACACCAUCACAACACCACCAUCACCCCACCAUCAUUACUUCACACCAUCAACAACACCAUCCACAACACACAUCCCACCACCAUAAUUACUUUCACCAUCACAACACCAUCACCACCGCGUCAAAACACCACCAACACCCCCACACAUCCCCUUCAUCAGCUCUCUUCUCGCCGAAUUCCAUUUCCUAA